AUGUAUCAUCAUCACUCCUCUUUUUCUUCUUCUUCCUAUACUUGUCAGGGAAGCAAUGGCUUCCUCCCCUCCCAACCGUCGGCGUCGAGCUACGGUGAUCUGUUGCAAGCAGAGCAGCACUGCUACUACAACUACUCCCAGCAGCAGCAGGGUCAGGCGCCGCCGUUCCGCCAUGUGCUGAGCACGGGAGACCUCGGGGCGCCGCCGCCGGCAGCAGCAGCGGCUGGGAGGUACAGCACGGACGAGCGGCGGGAGCGCAUCGAGAAGUACAGGAGCAAGCGCAACCAGCGCAACUUCCAAAAGAAGAUCACAUACGCUUGCCGGAAGACGCUCGCGGACAGCCGGCCGAGGGUGAAGGGCCGCUUCGCCCGCAACGUCGACGAUGAUGCAGUCGCAGAUCAGCCGGAGUUCACGGCGGCGGAGGUGUCCUCGAUGAUGAGCGAAGCCAACGUUGUCGUGGGUGCCGUGGACGCCGCUGCCAGCAGCAGCAGCAGCAACAUGCCGGAGUGGUGGCCGGCAAUGCAAGGCGCGCUGGCCAUGGAGGACGAUGAGCUUUACAUCGCCGUCUCCUCCAUCAACCUCUACUAG